AUGUUGCUUCAGUAUGAAGAUCAAACUGGAUUUGAUACCGCUUAUCGCGUCGACCUCUGUGCUGAAUUUGAAGAUGCACUCAAGUUUGGCAGUUUUGUGGAGAAACUCACAAGGGUUGCUGGCUAUCAUCAGGUACAGCUUCCCGAUUGCGAGUUAUCGCCAAAUACCACUUCUGACUCUGAGAAUGAAGAUGAUAUGAAUGAAUCCGACAUCCGUGGAAACACCUUGAAUCAACAUCAGAUUUCCGAAUCGGGAUCUGAGAAAGAGAUGCAGCGCUCACUGAUCAAGUUUACGGAAGAAGGUGCUCUACGGUAUACAUUCGCUCAAAGAGCUAGUCGCGAUCGAUUCUUUCUUUUCAAUGUCACUCUUCAGGCUAGAAAGACUGCGGUUCGUGCCGGACGUGCUGCU